ACCGCCUUCUCCUGCUGGAACACAAACAGAAGCAGAAGCAGGUAGGAAGCUGUGUUUGUGUAUUGUGGCACGAUCAUGGCCGCUGAUUUACAGUUAAACUAAUGUAAAGGGAACUUUACAUCGCCGUUAGGAUGUGGAUCACUCCGGAGGAGGUGCUGCUCGCUAACGCACUGUGGGUGAGUGAGAGGGCCAAUCCCUUCUUCAUUCUGCAGCGGAGGAAGGGACACGGCAAAGGAGGAGGCAUCACCGGUCUUUUGGUAGGUACUCUGGAUGUUGUGUUAGACUCCAGUGCUCGUGUGGCUCCGUAUCGAAUCCUUCAUCAAACAGGGGACUCGCAACUCUUCUGGAGCAUUGCCUGUGGCUCAUCACGCAAGGAGAUAACAGAACACUGGGAAUGGCUAGAGGCUAAUUUACUGCAGACUCUCUCCAUUUUUGACAACGAUGAAGACAUCACUACUUUUGUCAAAGGCAAGAUACAGGGCAUUAUUGCUGAGGAGAAUAAGAGCCGUCAAACACAAGAAGACGAGGAUUGUGGGAAGUUUCGGGAGGCAGAGAUGAAGAUGCGGAAGCUGUUUGGGAUGCCUGAGGAAGAGAAACUGGUGAACUAUUACUCAUGCAGCUACUGGAAGGGUAGAGUGCCACGUCAGGGCUGGCUCUACCUCUCUGUCAAUCACCUGUGCUUCUACUCCUUCCUACUUGGAAAAGAGGUGACCUUGAUAGUGCAGUGGACAGAUGUGACUCAGUUAGAUAAGAACGCUACGCUGUUAUUUCCUGAGAGUGUGCGUGUGAGCACACGGGACACGGAGCACUACUUUUCCAUGUUCCUCAACAUCAACGAUACAUUUAAACUGAUGGAGCAGCUGGCUAACAUCGCCAUGAGGCAGCUGCUGGAUAACGAGGGCUUCUCUGCAGACCACUCGCUCCCCAAACCCUGCAAGACCCUGAAAAAUGUUUCUGCACUCAAAAGGGACCUGGACGCACGGGCGAAAAACGAGAGAUACCGAGCUCUGUUCCGCCUGACAAAGGAAGAACGGCUAGACGGCCAUACAGACUGCACUCUGUGGACACCCUUCGCUAAGAUGCAUGUAGUUGGACAGAUGUUUGUCUCCAACAAUUACAUCUGUUUUGCCAGCAGAGAGGAGGACCUGUGUCAACUUAUCAUACCGCUUAGAGAGGUGUCUAUAGUAGAGAAAGCUGACAGCAGCAGUGUUUUGCCUAGUCCUCUCUCCAUCAGCACUAAAAACAAGAUGACCUUCCUAUUUGCAAACCUCAAAGAUCGUGACUUCCUUGUUCAGCGGAUCUCAGACUUCCUACAGAGAACGCCUGACAGAAGCAUGACAGGACAAUCUGAGAGUCCAAGUCCCAGCACCCCUCCUUCCCUCCCUUCAAUGUCACUGAUGCUGGGAUCAGGUGAGAUGACCCAGGAUCGCUACUACAGCUCCAGCCUCCCUACAGCCAAGCAGGGUCUGCUUCAUAUCUACCAGAAGGGAUGUCCUGAAGACCUGGGACCUAAAGCGACAAAAGAGAAGAUGAAGGAAGAAUCCUGGAAUAUCCAUUUCUUUGAGUUUGGACGAGGCGUGUGCAUGUACCGCACGUCUAAGACUCGAAACCUGGUACUGAAAGGGAUUCCUGAGAGUCUGAGAGGAGAACUGUGGUUACUGUUUUCGGGUGCUCAGAAUGAGAUGGUGACUAACCCAGGUUACUAUGCGGAGCUGGUGGAGCAGGCCAUGGGCAGGUGUAAUUUAGCUACUGAGGAGAUUGAGAGAGACUUGCAUCGCUCAAUGCCUGAGCACCAUGCCUUUCAGAACGAGAUGGGAAUCGCUGCUCUUCGACGAGUACUCACUGCAUAUGCAUACCGCAACCCAGGGAUUGGGUACUGCCAGGCCAUGAAUAUAGUAACGUCAGUGUUGCUGCUGUACUGUACUGAAGAGCAGGCUUUCUGGUUGCUGGUGGCUUUGUGUGAACGGAUGCUGCCUGAUUAUUACAACACCAGAGUUGUAGGAGCUCUGGUGGAUCAAGGUGUGUUUGAGGAGCUGACACGUGAGUGCUUGCCACUGCUGUAUGAGCACAUGCAGGAGCUGGGUGUGAUCUCCACUAUCUCCUUGUCCUGGUUCCUCACACUCUUCCUGUCUGUCAUGCCGUUUGACAGUGCUGUGUUGCUGGUGGAUUGCUUCUUCUAUGAGGGAAUUAAAGUCAUCUUUCAGGUGUCAUUAGCUGUGUUACACGCAAACAUGGAGAAGUUGUUAAACUGCACAGACGAAGGAGAAGCCAUGACCAUACUCGGAAGGUAUCUGGAUAACGUUGUGAACAAACAGACAGUGGCUCCACCCAUCCCACACCUGCAUGCCCUGUUAACCAGUGGAGACGAGCCACCACCUGAGAUUGACGUAUUUGAUCUCAUUAAGACGUCCUAUGAUAAGUUUGGAAGUCUGCGUGCUGAUGUCAUUGAGCAGAUGAGGUUCAAACAGCGGUUAAAGGUUAUUCAGUCUUUAGAGGAUACAGCUAAGAGAAGUGUGGUGAGGGCCAUCAUGACCGACUCAGCCUUCACUAUUGAAGAGCUGGAGGAACUGCAUGUUCUGUUCAAGGCCAAGCACAUCAUGAGCUGCUAUUGGGGGGCGAGUAGCACUGCUGCUGAGCGUCAUGACCCGAGUUUACCCUAUCUGGAGCAGUACCGGAUCGACUGUGGACAGUUCAGUCAGCUCUUCUUAGCCUUGGCACCUUGGAGCUGUGGCAUGCACACUUCCACACUCUCUACUCGCUUAUUUCGCCUGCUUGACCACAACAAAGACUCCCUCAUCAACUUUAAAGAGUUUGUUACAGGCCUGAGUGGGAUGUAUCAUGGUGAUAUGACUGAGAAAUUAAAGCUGCUGUAUAAAUUACACCUGCCUCCAGCUUUGUGUCCAGAAGAGGCCGAGUCUGCACUCGAGGCCACUCAGUUUUUUACUGAUGACCCACUGCAGGAUCCUCCCUCCUUGUCUCAUCUAGACUUUCUGGUCCAGGAAGUCACCUCAGGUGAAGAGGUGAAGGAGGUACCUGAUACAGGAGGAGAUUCUGAGGAGAAGAAAGAGGAAAAAGUAAAGGACUAUAAGUAUUACUUGAGAAUGUGGGCUAAGGAAAGGGAGCCCAAGAAAGAGACCAUCAAAGACCUGCCUAGAAUGAAUCAGGAGCAGUUUAUUGAGCUCUGCAAGACGCUCUAUAAUAUGUUCAGUGAGGACCCUCAGGAGCAGGAGCUUUAUCAUGCCAUUGCUACGGUGGCCAGCUUAUUACUGCGCAUCGGAGAAGUGGGCAAGAAGUUCACUAACAACGGCAGCAAGAAGUGUGAUGCACUCGCUCAGCCAGCGGUAGAGAAUCCAGGAAAGGAGAACUGUUUUGGGGAGCAGGGAUGUGGGCUGUCACUGGUGUCGAAGGCUUUAGCAGAGGCCCAAUUGGAGACUCUGCUUCCUCCAGCCAACGGGUCAGACGAAGAUGUGAAGGACGACACCUCCAUUUCAUCCUACUCUGUGGUCAGCGCCGGUUCUCUGCAGUGUGAAGACAUCGCUGAUGAUACAGUCCUGAUCGGAUGUGGAGUGGGUGGAGCUGGAGGUGGGAAUGACAGUAGACGUGGCAGUGCACCAGAUGGCGAUUGGUCGAUCUCGUUUGAGCAGGUGCUUGCAUCGUUGCUGACCGAACCGGCUCUGGUAAACUACUUUGAGAAGAAGCACGACAUUAGGAGCAAGAUGGCUGUCUGUAAGGCUCAGAGGGCUGUAGAAAGACAGACCAGUUCGUCCAGUGACCAUGAGCUAGCUCAACUCUCCACCUAAGGUUUGAGCUCAUGGCUGCAACUAUUGAAGUCAUAUUCUCUAUUAUUUGGAGAUCUGACUCUAAUUAUCACUAGUGCAUUAAUGAUCACACUCAUUCUCACCACUUAUACAUGUCUGCACUUUUGCUCUUGCGGCCUUUGUCCUUCCAGGUUGAACAGGUGAGCACAGUUUGUCUGCUGUUAGCAUGUUACCUGAUGGUUUUUGCGCCUCUUGAAUCUGAGUCCAGCGUUCAGCCAGUGCACUCAAGUUUUAUGUAGACCAACAUGGAGUUUAUGUUGUGUCUUUAGUUACCUCUGAUGAGGCGAGUGGGCAUUGUACCAGUUACUCGAGCUGCAGCUUAGCUAUCUGCACCUGCAUAUUCUUCAAUUUUGAGACUUUUUGAAGGAUCAUUAUCACCUAAGUUAGUGUGGGGAAAAAAUUUACCAGCACACUAUCUUGUUCAGAUGUGUAAUAGUAACUUUUACAUUAUUCCUUCUUACACAUAGUCAGAAAUAUACAAAGGUAGUCUUGCACUGUGUCAUAUUCAGGCUAUGGUUUUAAAAUAAGACAUUUUUGAUGGUUUAGCUCCUCUGUGUAAAGCCUUGGUCAUCCUGUUGUGAUGAUUUUAAUCAUUUGCUAGUGGUUCAGCAGCCAGAGCCACCUUAUUAUCAUUACAAUAACAGAAUUAUUUUAGAUAUUUCAAGGACUCUUACAUUAGGAUCUGUAUCCCAGCUCUUAUUUCAGCAAAAAUGACUAAAUCACUUUAGAUCUGAUAUUCUGAAAAUGCUCAUACGUCACGCAAGUACAAUCAGAGAUGGCUAAAUGUUAAUAUUAACUAUAGUAUCUAACACUCUUUGGCUGCCUUUCAGUCAAGCUAAAUUAAUCUGUAAUCAGCUUUCAGGCCCUUGUUCUCUUUUCCUUGUCUAAGAAAAGUUAGUAGAGACAGUAAGAAGGGAACUUUGGCAUUUGCAGCAUUUCUGCUAAGCAUUAUAUCUAACAGUUAUAUUUUGUUGUUCAUAGCUGCAUAUUUUCUUAUAUAAAAUAUUUUAUUGCUAAAUGUAUAUGUAACAAUGUUUUUACCGUCACCUAAACCAGCUUUUGUUUUCCCCCCUCACACUCCGUAGCUUGCCCUAUAAUAAUAAUUUUAAUUGUUACUUUUGUACAAAAUAAUUAGCUUUAAAUCGACUUCACUGCAGUUCACAUAUGUUUUAUAUACCAAGAUGAAGGCCUUAAAUGCAAUUGUUAUUUCUAGGAAGCUAUACAUCAUGCUAGUGAUUAAACUCCCCAAACCUUGUAUAAUUGAGGCCAACUAAAAUAUGCAUUCCUGAGGUACGUUACAGCUUCGAAGCAGACGCGUUCAGAAAUAGCCUUGUCAACAUCCCCGUUUUGUUUCCAGCACUAAGCAGAAGUCUGUUCCCUUUAGGUCACUUUUGAAACACUAAACACUUCUUAGCAUUUCCAAACUCUCCUUGUUUCAAUUUAUAAUUAUGCACGAGUUCAAGUUCAGAAAGAUGUCUCGUUCGCAAACAUUUUGUGUUCUGCCAGACAACUGGACUUGCUUCAUUUUGAUCUAACCUUGUGUUUACUUAUUUAAUACUGCUGCAUUUCCGUUCCUCAGGUGCUGAGCUUUAACCGGUAGGUUGAUGAAAAGAAAUGACAAGAAUACUCACGUUUUACCAGAGCAAAUGAUACGGGACAUAUUCUGUCCAAAUAAGUUGGUUAAAAUAUUCAGAAGGCAGUGAGAGGUCAGAUGGCAUUUCAUUAUUCUGGAUCUGGGCAUAUAGUACCCAUGAAAAAAGCACCUGAUGUAAUUUGCAGUGAAAUCCUGUAAUUCUACUAAGCAUGUGUAAAUGUACAGUCCAGUCAGAUCCCUACUAUGAAACAUGCCUGUUCUGUUGCUGUAUGUGUGAAGUAUAUAGUAAACACUGAGUGAAUGCUACUAAUUUUCAUGCUUCACUGUAAAAGUAACCAUCAGGCUUAUUAAUGCACAUUUAUAUGAUUGUGUUUAUAUGAUUCCUCGUCCUCUAUUUCACCCAGACCACUUUAAUUUGCGUUGAUAUCUUGUAUUGCUGUCACAGAAAUACCUACAGUAUUUAAUCCAUACUACAAGUUGUUUGCUCAUUUAAACUGUUUUUAAAAAUCUGUUGUCAUUGAUCAGUACUGUAUUAUAAUGUGUAAUAAAUAAACAAGUUGUGUGAA